AUGAAGAAAGACAGAAGGCUGACAGUGCAGAUGCUGCAAGAAAAGCUGCUGAGAGCAAAUUACAAAAAGUUGACUAAAAAGGCGAAUGACUUGACCGUCCAAGUUGAUCAACUCACCGACGAGAAGAAGAAGAAUGAUAAUGAUUUGGAGGAAAUUGACAAGAUGAUCAACAACUUGAAUGCCGAAGUCGACAAGGCACAGAAACAACUUGACACUGCAAAUGAUGACAAAGAUGGCAACGAAGCGAUGAAACAGAAAUACCAAGACGAAUUGAAGAACAUUAGAACUGAACUUGAUCAAGAAAACAAAGACCAUGCCAAGACCCAAUUGAUUAAAGGAAAGUAUGAGAAGGAUAUCGCUAAAAUCAUAGUCAGAGCUGAAACCCUUGAAAAGAACGUCCAGAUGGCUGAACAAGAGAAGGUCAAGACUGUGAGAGACUAUAAGGCUGCUUCCGAAGAAUUGAUGAGAACAAAGACAGAACUCGACGAAAAACAAGACGAAUGCGACAAACUUGAAGACGAUAUGUCUGAGAUGAAGACUGAAUUGGAAGCCCUUGAACAAGCUGCUAAGACUUAUAAACAGUCGAAGAACACUUACGAAAAGAGAAAUUGA